GCCAGCACUGAGCACUCCCAACAAGAGCUGCGUGUCAUUCAACUCAUGGCCAACCUGCUGCCAUAAAAAAAGUAACACUUAUUUUAUAUACUUUUACAACGCACAAAUCUGUCUAUGUUUGACCUUUAACAACUAAUGUAAGUUUAUUUUUCCUUUAAACACUCCUAACUUGCUUGAAGAACAAAACAGCUGGAGGGUUUUAGUGCAGCUUUACGGAAGCCGGUGUUACUUUGUUAAACAUGGCUGACGACUUUGGCUUUUCGGCCUCCGACAACGGAGUUCAUGCAGAAGAAGAUCCGGCCGCGGCGUUUCUGGCCCAGCAGGAGAACGAGAUCGCCGUGCUCGAGAACGAGAUCGCCGUGCUCGAGAACGACAGCGCCGGGUUCGGUGCACUGGAGGACGGCGGACCUCCGCCCGCGAGCACCUACACGUCGUUCGGAGGUGACUUUGGAGACGAACCAGCUACUGCUGUAAACGGAGAUAUGUUUCAGGACACCAACGGCACAACUGACAGCUACUCAGCGAUUGCCCAAGUCGACAUGCAGAGACAAGAACCUGAGAGCCUGCGCAAAUGGAGGGAGGAACAAAAGGCUCGUCUGGAGGAAUUAGAUGCAGCCUCUAAAGCAGCUGAGGCUGUGUGGAGGGAAAAGGCCCGAAAGGAACUAGAUGACUGGCAUGUACACCAGAAUGAACAGAUGGAGAAGAAUAAAGCCAACAACAGGAUCGCUGAUAAGGCUUUCUACAAACAGCCCAACUCUGAUGCCAUAGGCUUUGUAGUGUCAGAGGAGGCCUUCCUCAAGGAGUGCGAUGAUGACAGUCCUGGAACAGAAUGGGAGAAAGUGGCUCGUCUAUGCGACUUUAACCCCAAAACCAGCCGUCAGACUAAAGACGUCUCUCGGAUGCGCUCCGUUCUUAUUUCUCUAAAACAGACGCCUCUGGUUCGCUAACGUAACUCCCUCUGGUAUUUCCUAGGCUUUCUUUCUGAUCCCUCUUGCACUUUAUUUUAGUGAGGCUGAACACUUUAACAGAUUUAAGCUUUUAUGUUUUUCAAAAGGGUCAUUGAAUGUGUACGCUUUACUGUAUUUAAACUUCCUAUUUAUGUACCCUGGUCUUCGGCUGUUCCAUAUGUUAAAGAACAUAUUGUAAGUGUGCCUCGAUCCAUUGAAAACAAGUCAAGUUUUUCCCUUAAUCCCAAGCUACAUGAAAGGCGGCAGAUGUAGCCAAAAGUAUUUUGGUUAGCUUGCGAGUUAUUUUUGUGAUUGUCACGACGUUUGCAGAGCCCACAAACCAUUAGACAGCAUUAAUUCACUGGAACCAAUAAGUGUCUUUAUUGCCUCGUUACACAGGAAAUGGAAGUGUUUGGUUACAUUCUACACAUGAACACAGUUUAGUUACCAUCUCUCACCCUAUAUAGUA